AUGUACAUCAAACGAAUCAUUAUCCAAGGUUUCAAAACUUAUAAGAACCGGACAGUUAUCGAUUUACUUUCUCCUCAUCAUAAUGUUGUUGUUGGUCGUAAUGGGUCUGGGAAAUCAAAUUUCUUUGCUGCAAUUAGAUUUGUAUUAAGUGACGCUUAUACCCAUAUGAAUAGAGAAGAGCGUCAAGGGCUAAUUCAUGAAGGCUCGGGAACUGUUAUGUCUGCAUAUGUUGAAAUUAUUUUUGAUAAUAUUGAUGGAAGAUUCCCAAUUAAUAAACCAGAGAUUUCAAUUAGAAGAACAAUUGGGUUAAAGAAAGAUGAUUAUUCACUUGACGGAAAAUCAGCUACUCGUUCUGAUAUAAUGAAUUUGUUAGAAAGUGCAGGUUUCCUGAGAUCCAAUCCUUAUUAUAUUGUACCCCAGGGUAGAAUUACUAGUUUAACUAAUUCUAAAGAUCAUGAAAGAUUAGCUUUGUUAAAAGAAGUCAGUGGUGCCACAGUUUUUGAAAAUAAAUUAAAGGAAUCAAUGAAAGAAAUGAAUCAAUCUGAUUUGAAAAAGCUGAGAAUUGAUGAAACUUUGGAAAGUAUUGCUAGUAGAUUAUCUGAUUUACAAAUUGAAAGUGAUGAUUUAAAAGAUUUUCAAACUUUUGAAAAACAAAAGAAAAUAUUGGAAUAUAAUAUUUUUAGAAGAGAAGAUGAUGAAUUAGUUGCAGCUAUCGAAGAUCUUGAAUUUCAAUAUGCACAUUUGGUUGAAAAUUCCCAGAAUGAUAUCAAUCGUUUGCAAACAAGAGAAAAAUUAUGUGUUCAAUUAGAAGAUAAUAUAAAAGACUUGAAGACCUCUUUGAAAGUUACUGCCAUGGAGAAAGAACAAACUGAUUUGGAUCUUAACCAAUUGUUGCAAGCUAUUGCAGAUAAGCAAAUCAAAUUGAAUGAACUACGUAACAGCGGAGAAGUCUCCCUGGAAAAGCAAGAUGUUAUCAAAGGUCAAAUUGAACGUUUUGAAUCCCUAAUUAGGCAACAUGAAUCUAAAAUCUCAAAAUCAAGACCUCGAUUACUCAAAUUACAAGAACAAGAAUCACAAUUGAAACAAAAGCUUCUCGAGGCAACUUCUAAACAAAGAGCAAUUUAUGCCAAACAAACUAGAUUCCUGCAAUUCAAAACUAAGAAAAAUAGAGAUUCAUGGCUUUCUAAAGAAAUUUCCAAUUUGAAGAAAGCAAUUCAAGAAAAGGAUCAAGAUAUUCAUCAAAUCACCAAUGACCUCAAAGCUCGUCAACAUACUCUUGAAGACCUUUCUGAUCAAAUCGAAACCCUCAAUCAAAAAUUAAAUGAUGAGACUUAUAUUCAAUCCGUUGCUGAAUUAAAAACAAAGAUUGCUGAGCAUAAAUCACAAAUUACUAAUUUGACAGAUGAAAGAAAAAUCCUUUGGAGGGAUGAAAUUAGAUUAAAGAGUGUCUUCGAUUCCAUCACUAAUGAUUUAAACAAUGCUACUGAUCUUGUUAAUCAAACUAUGGAUCGUGCACAAGCUCAAGGUAUCGCCGCCGUUAAAACUAUUGUUGAAAAGCUCAAUCUUGGAAACAAAGUCUUUGGAACAGUUGCGGAAUUGUUCAAUGUUAAUGAUAAAUAUAAAACUGCUGCUGAAGUAAUCGCCGGUAAUUCUUUGUUUCAUAUUGUGGUAGAUACAGAUGCCACUGCGGCGCUAAUUAUGGAAGAAUUACAUAGAACAAAAGGUGGACGAGUCACAUUUAUGCCCUUGAAUAGAAUCCUGGUCAAUGAUAUUGAAUAUCCUGAUGCAAAUGAAUUUCAAUGUAUCCCGUUAAUUUCAAGAUUACGUCAUGAUGAAAAUGUGAGCAAAGCUAUUAAACAAGUAUUUGGAAAAGCUAUUGUAGUAAGUGAAUUAUCAAGGGGAAGUGAGUUAGCCAGGAGGUUUAAUUUGAAUGCAAUUACUUUAGAUGGUGAUAGAGUUGAUACCAAAGGGGUCUUAUCUGGUGGUUAUCGUGACUAUAAGAAUUCGAGAAUUGAUGCUUUGAAGAUUCAAACUAAAAAGAGAAAGGAAUUGAAAAAGACAGAAGAAGAUUUGAUUAAAACAAGAAAUGAAAUUGAAGGCAUAAAUCAAAAAUUAACUAGUUUGAAUAAUGAAUUACAAUUAAAUGUUAGAGAUUUGGAUAAAAAGAAUAGUGAAAGAGAACCAAUUAAGAUCCAAUUAUCUCAAAUAACAAAUAAAAAGUUCCAUUUGGAACAAGAAUUAAGUUCAUUGAAGUACAAUUUGGAAACUCUUAAUACUAGUAAGAAUUCAUUGUCAAUUAAUUUGAAGCAACAUGAACAGGAGCUAGACUCCGGGUUCACUCAAGUCUUAUCUCAAGAAGAAUUGCAAUCUUUGGAGAACUUAACUUCUGAAAUAAGUGAAAUUGAAGGUAAAUUGGACAAAGUCGUCACUGAGGCUGCUGAAUUGGAAUCCACGAUUGCUGAAAUCGAAUCUGAAUUGACCAAUAGUUAUCAACCUAAAUUAGCUAAACUCCAGCAAGAUCAAUUGCAACUAGGUUCGAGGUCAAUGCAUGAUUUAGAAACCAAUGAAUUGGAGCAAGAAGUUGAACACUUACAAAUCCAACUAGAUACUGCACAAUCACGUAACCAAGACGCCACAGAUAAGUUCAAUCAAUUAAAUGAUGAAAUACAAAGAAGUGAAGCAGAAUUGCAAAAGUCAAAUGAGCAACAAAUCUUACUUAUGAAAAAAUUGGAGAAAUCCUCAAAGGAUACAAAUAAAGUUCUUAGUGCCAAAGCAUUGAAGGUCAAUCAAAGAGAAGCGGUUGGGAAGAAGAUGGCCGAAUUGGGUGCUUUGCCUGAAGAAGCAUUCCGAGCUGAAAAGUAUGAUCGUUUCAAGACGUCUGAGUUAAUUCAACAAUUGAAUGAAGCUAAUGAGGAAUUGUCUAAGUAUUCUCAUAUUAAUAAGAAAGCUAUGGAACAGUAUAAUACUUUCACUAAACAGCGAGAUGAAUUGGUUUCCAGAAGAACGGAAUUGGAAACUUCAAGAGAAGCAAUUGAGAGCUUGAUCAGGAAUUUGCAACAACAAAAAGAUGAUGCUAUUAAGAAAAGUUUCAAACAAGUAUCCAAAGCUUUCCAUGAGAUCUUUGAGAAGUUGGUUCCUCAAGGUGUUGGUAAUUUAAUUAUGCAAAGAAAAGAUGAAGACCAAUCUCAAGCUGGUGAUAGGGAUGAAUCUGCUUCUGAAUCAGAAAUUCAAGAGUCUAUAGAGAAUUACACUGGGGUUUCUAUUUCGGUGUCAUUCAAUUCAAGACAUGAUGAGCAACAACGUAUUGAACAAUUAUCGGGAGGUCAAAAGUCGCUUUGUGCAAUUGCUUUAAUUUUUGCUAUUCAAAAUUGUGACCCUGCACCAUUUUAUUUAUUUGAUGAAAUUGAUGCUAAUUUAGAUACUCAAUAUCGUACUGCCGUUGCAUCGUUGAUUAAAUCACUUGCUCUGAAUGCGCAAUUUAUCUGUACCACGUUCAGACCAGAAAUGUUGCAGGUUGCUGAUAAGUUCUAUGGAGUUAUGUUUAGUAAUAAGGUGAGUACAGUUUCAGAGAUUAAUAAGGAUGAGGCUAUGUCAUUUGUCGAAGGACAACAACAUAGAUAA